GUUACUGCAGUCGACCUGAGUGCUGUAAUAAAGAAAAAUGCCAAGAACACUUUUCCGGCGUGCCUGGUCCUCUGCUGAAAAGCUUGAUGGCAAAACUGUGGUGAUCACUGGAGCCAACACUGGCAUCGGCAAAGAAACAGCCAAAGACCUGGCAAAGAGAGGGGCAAAGAUCAUUAUCGCGUGCAGGGACAUGGAGAAAGGACAGGAGGCCAUGAAAGAAAUCAAGGAAUACUCAGGCAGAGACGGUGUCAAGUGCAUGAAGCUUGACUUGUCUGACACCAAGUCCAUAAGAGAAUUUGCUGAAGCCAUCAACAGAGAUGAGCCAAAACUCGACAUCCUCAUCAACAACGCCGGCGUGAUGGUUUGUCCUUAUGGGAAAACUGCCGACGGCUUUGAGAUGCAGAUCGGCGUCAAUCACAUGGGUCACUUCCUGUUGACGUACUUGUUGCUUGACCUGAUUAAAAGAUCAGCACCAGCCAGGAUCAUCACUGUGUCGUCUAUGGCUCACACUUGGGGCUCCAUCAAUCUGAAUGACAUCAACAGCGAGAAGAGCUACGACAAGAGCAAAGCUUACUCCCAGAGCAAGCUGGCCAACGUCCUCUUCACCCGCUCGCUGGCUAAACGACUAGAAGGCACGGGUGUGACAACGUACUCUCUCCAUCCUGGAGUUGUUCAGACCGACCUGUGGCGUCAUCUGAACGGCCCUCAGCAGUUCUUCAUGAAGAUGGCCAAACCUUUCACCAAAAACUCUGUCCAGGGAAAUGAUUACGGCUUCUAG